UUUCUACAGAUGACAGCGCACGGCGGCCACAGAAGUUAAAAGACCCGCCAGGGCCUCGGGGCCAGCACGGGAGAAAGCCGGGAUUCGGAAUCGAGUCCUUUAGGUCCGAGCUCAGGGACCUAUAGGAACGCCUUCUGAGGGCAGGGCCCGGGCCGCGCUUGCGCAAGGAACGCUCCGAACAAAGGGCUGUGGAAGUUAGUGGAAGUUGGAGACUUAACGCCCGUUUCUUCAGGCGCGCCGGGGCAGCUCUGAGAGAAGCCCCUCCCCUUCCCCUUUUCUAAGCGUCGGCCUUCUAAGUCGAGGACCCAUGCGGAUGAUUGGCAGUCCCGGACACCAGUAAUCCGUCAGGCCUCUGCCAAAGCUUCGCCUCGGGGGCGGGACUUCCUGUGCCGGUUGCUAAGACAAUCUUGUUUCCCUCCUUGACAACGCCAGGGUGGCGGCUGCAGCGGUGCGGGGCCCCGGCGGCGGGAGCAGCAGCAUCCCCUUGGGGGGAGCAUUCUCUCCUGCCUCUGAGACAGCUGGGCCUGCCUCCUUAGCCUUCCUGGUUCUCCCUAAUUGCUACCAUUAGCACCUCCCCAGGAGUGCUCCUCUUUCAUCAGCUGUUCACAGUGGAAGGAUCAUGGGAGAAGAAACAAAGAAGGAUGACGCAGAUUACAAGAGACUACAGAUCUUUCCUCUGGUCAGACACUCGGACAUGCCAGAGGAGAUGAGACUGGAGACCAUGGAGUUGUGUGUCACCGCCUGUGAGAAGUACUCCAACAACAAUGAGAGCGCCGCCAAGAUGAUCAAAGAGACCAUGGACAAGAAAUUCGGCUCCUCCUGGCACGUGGUGAUCGGCGAGGGCUUCGGCUUCGAGAUCACCCACGAGGUGAAGAACCUGCUGUAUCUGUACUUUGGCGGCACGCUGGCCGUGUGUGUCUGGAAGUGCUCCUGACACAGGCCGAGCCCCUCCCGGCCCGGCCCUGCCCCGCGGCUCUCCCUGGGCAGGGCAGCCUCAGGCCGGCCCUGGCUUUGGGAGGGAGCCCCGGGGCCUUCUCUUUCUCUCCGUGUGUGUAUUGUGUGUCUUUGUGGGCACUUCCCCUGGCACCUGGGUGCCUUACUUGUGCUUGUGUGUGUGUCCGAGUGUCUACCGUCUCACUCCAAGAGUUGGGAUAUGGGGGCAGCAGGCUCCGGGGCAGUGGGCAGGGAAGGAGCCCCCAGAGCGGAGCCUGAGCCAGUUGGGAAGGGAGGGGGGCCCAGAGCUGCCCGGGGCUCCUCCCAGCUUCCCUUCCCGCAGCCUUUCAAGAGGCUCGGGGUCCCUCCAAGUGGCGCCUCUGGGCCCCUUGCCUGCAGGCCGUCUUCACUGGCCAGUGAAGACUGAAUCUCUCCUCUGGGCGGACAAGUGAUUACUGCCCUUUCUUGUCCCCCGAGAAGGGAAGUAGCAGGACCUCCCCACGUGACCUCCUAGUUUACUCACCCACUGCAUCUUAAAUAGACUGGCAGCAGAAGCAGCCACCCCCUCUGGGGGCCUUCCCCCCUCCUCCUCGCCUCCCUCCAGGAGGCCAGGUCAGCCUUUUCACACCUCCACCGCCGAGGGGGGGAGGCUGGAAACCCUCCCGAGUCACGGAGGGAGCGCCAGUGGCCUGGUUUGCCCUCCCGGUUGGGCCCCCAAGGCUGCUGCUACUUAGUCAUCAGGGACCCUGUAUAUUUGUACAACUUAUUUCUCUGUCUUGGGUUUUCUAUGUGAUUUUUUUGAGUGUGGGUUGGAGAGGGGAUUUAGUAGAAAGAAGAACUAACUGUAUUUUACACAACAGUUUUAUUUAUAUGGAUGUUUUUGGUUUUUAUGAUUAAAGUUACCAGAAACAGA